AUGAACCACACAUCUCGUCAACACAAGUUCUCAGCAGUAUUCUCCUUCCACAAUUACGAGAAUAUGCCUGCACUCGAAGACAUCAUCUACUCACGCGAGGCGUGCAUCGCUGCAGUCCGCGAUUACUACCAGUUUCUUACCCGGAUGUACAUGGAUGAAAGCGUCAUUAUCGAACCACCCAAAGGAGGCUGGCCCUCCGUCACUCCCGACUCCAUGCGAGGUCUCAACAAGACGGACGAAGUAAUUUCUCUUCUCCAACAUCUUCCAUACAUCCGUGGGUCUGGCAGCAGCUUCGAAAAUCCCCAAGCCGCCCCAUGGUGUGCCUUUUCCGACUGGCAGAGGGAUCUGGGACGCGUGCUUCAAGGUGGUGUUAAGGGUGAAACACUUAAGCUUUGCUCAGAAGGCGCCAGCUUUACUGAUGAAGUACCGGCCCACGUCAUCGGUUUAACUACUGGCGGACGAGACAAUGCAGACUUUCUGCUCGACACGGAGUUGGGCGUUGUCUACUGGGUUGAAUGCCCCUACGAGAUCAGGCACAAUUCGUCACGCGAACCAAUUGAAGACGACCCGUACGACUACGCGCCAGAAAACGAGGCUCAAUGGCGGGCCGAAUCGGAAUGCUGGGCUAUCACUGACUUCUUCGGCAUGCUCAAAGAUCAAUUUCGACAACUCUCCUUCAUCCCCAUUGGCCCAAAGUCAGUCAUCGAUAUUUAUGCGACUCUGGGGCCCGAGGAUAACGGACUUGUAACCAUGCUUCAAAAGGUCUAUCGUGAGCAUGGUUGGCCGGAUAUGACGCGCUUUCGAAAGACUGAAUGUCUCGCCGCAGUACAAGCAGCCCUGCAGGAGCACUAUCCCCACUUUGCUCAGUAG